AUGGGCCAGGAUUAUUACUCUGUGCUCCAGAUCACUCACAAUGCAGAGGAUGCCCAGAUCAAGAAGGCCUUUCCUAGCAAUGAAGUGGGGACAAAGGAACUAUUUGAACUUUAUCCUGAAUAUUAUGGAGAACCAAAGGAUUCGGCGUGCGAGGCGCUGGGCACCGGCGGAGCGGCCAGCGGGCGGCUGCCCGGGGCAGGCGGGGCCCGGAGGGCGGCUCGGGAGGUCCGCAGCCCUGCGGGAGCGAGGGAGAAACUAAAGAGGAAGCGCAGAACCCUGGGCACGCCCACAGGAAGGCGAGGUGGCACUGCGACCCCGUCUAACUGGGACCUGAGAGUUACACAGAGAGGUGACUUAAUCAUUGGAGACUUCAACAGAACGUGUCAGUUUGAGCAAUCAGGAAAAAGUUACCGGAAGCUUGCCCUUAAGAACCACCCUUUGAAAUCAAGUGACCCUGCAGCUAAAGAGACCUUCAAACAAAUAGCAGAGGCCUAUGAUGUGCUGAGUGACCCUGUGAAGAGAGCCAUCUAUGACAAGUUCGGAGAAGAAGGCCUGAAGGGCGGGAUUCCCCUGGAGUUUGGAUCCCAGGCCCCGUGGACAACUGGCUACGUCUUCCACGGCAACCCUGCUAAGGUGUUCCAUGAGUUCUUCGGGGGAGACAACCCCUUCAGUGAAUUUUUUGAUGCAGAUGAAGUGGAUUUAAAUUUUGGGGGGCUCCGAGGCCGAGGGGUCAAGAAGCAGGAUCCCCCCAUUGAACGGGACCUCUAUUUGUCCUUGGAGGACUUAUUCUUUGGCUGCACUAAAAAAAUUAAGAUCUCCCGAAGAGUGCUAAAUGAGGAUGGGUACUCCUCUACCAUCAAGGACAAGAUCUUGACGAUCGACGUGAAGUGUGGUUGGAGGCAGGGCACACGCAUCACCUUUGAGAAGGAAGGGGACCAGGGCCCCAACAUCAUCCCAGCCGACAUCAUCUUCAUCGUGAAGGAGAAGCUCCACUCUCGCUUCCGCAGGGAGAACGACAACCUCCUCUUUGUGUAUCCCAUCCCUCUGGGCAAGGCCCUCACCUGCUGCACUGUGGAGGUGAAGACUCUAGAUGACCGUCUACUCAACAUCCCCAUCAAUGACAUUGUCCAUCCCAAGUACUUCAAGAAGGUGCCAGAGGAGGGGAUGCCUUUGCCCGAGGACCCCACCAAGAAGGGGGACCUCUUCAUCUUCUUUGACAUCCAGUUCCCCACCCGCCUCACACCUCAAAAGAAGCAGAUGCUGCGUCAGGCACUGCUGACCUGACGUGGGGGGCUGGAGUGGUGGAGGAGAGGGCUCCGGGCCUGACCCGCCGGCCCCACAGUGCAGGGCUGAGGAGAGGGAGGAGGGCUGGGAAGCUAAGCUGACAUAAUAAAGAUUUAUUAUCCUCCAUUUUCACCCUG